AUGUCGAUCCAACAGAUAGUACCUGACGUUGUUGGCUUGUUAUAUUUGUAUUUUGCAGAUGUCCUUAUUAUAUUACAAUGGCUUUUGGCAACUUUGCUUCUGUUCAGUGCUCUUGCUAUGGAGGCUUUUCUCAAGAAAAUGGCAGAAACAGGACAAGGUUUUGCUGAAAGAGAGCGUGGUAUCACCAUCGACAUUGCCCUUUGGAAGUUCGAGACCACCAAGUACUAUUGCACAGUCAUUGAUGCUCCUGGUCACCGUGAUUUCAUCAAGAACAUGAUUACCGGUACUUCCCAGGCUGAUUGUGCUGUCCUUGUCAUUGACUCCACCACUGGUGGUUUUGAGGCUGGUAUCUCCAAGGAUGGUCAGACCCGUGAGCACGCUCUCCUUGCUUUCACCUUGGUGUCAAGCAGAUGA